AUGCCUGCAAGGUACCUCUUGAGUGAUUUCAUCGAGGAUUUCUUACUCAACGAAUAUGUUCUUGAGCAAGCUAGUCUUCUUGCAAUCCCUUCGUCUCCUUUAUUAUAUUAUCAAGCUCCUAGCUCACCGAUCCUUCCUCCGUUACAUAUCGAUCAAUCUGCUGUACGAGCGCUACGAACUCCAUUUCUUCCAUUAUCACCGACUACCUUUAUAACGUCUCCAAGCAAAUGGGCUGCUGCUCGAGCCCAUUUCGCCGCUCAUCCUAAGGCUUCCGCUGCGGCUGUAGGAAGAGCAAGUAAUAUAACUUCUCGAUAA